GUUUCGCGUCCAGCCUCUACUGUCAACUUGCUUUUCUAAAACCAAAACACUCCAUUCCGUUUUGCUGCAAACUGUUGGUGUAAUUUAGCACAUUCUUUACAAUGAACCAAAAAGUUUCCACCGUUAACGACCCUGAAUUGCAGGCAAAAGUGAAGAAAACGACUGAAAAAAUAUCGGAGAAUAUGCACAUAAUUGCCAACGAGCCAAGUUUAGCGUUUUACCGCAUCCAGGAACAUGUCCGCAAGGUAAUCCCGCUCAUCGUAGACCGCCGAGCGGAAGUCGUACAGCUACAGCAGGAUCUGCAGGGCAAGUGUUACGAUAUGGAGUAUGCGAUAAGUGCCGUGAAAGAUAUCGAGGCUGCCGACACUUCAUUGAAAAACGUUCAAGAGUUGCUGAAAAAUGCCAUAUUUCUCAAACAGCAGCUCAAGUACGUAGAAUCCAGACGACCCAAGAAAGAUACUAACAGCUCUGUGUACAAGAGAUUUUCGGCACACAUCACUCUGGACCUGCCGGACUUGACCGACAUAUCCGGGGUGGUGCGAGAAACUACCAACCGUGUAGAGCACAUGAUGUCACAGGCCCGAAAUUCAAACAGCAACAUAAACAACAAUUCCUCAGGUGCAACGAGUUCCACCGGUGGUCCCGCGGAACUGCAACGCUCGUACACUACUCUACAUUGAAAGGAAAAUGUGCAACGCUAGUCACCGUUAAGUUUCGUUCGUUCCUUUCCAUUUUACGAUCUGUGAUGUUUCCGUUUCACGCAUUCCUCUCAGAGAGAGAUGACAAAAUUAAGUAUUAUUAUUUUGUUCCUGUUCCGGGAACCCAUCAAUAAAAUGUGGUUUUAUUUGACGCUAUAGUUCA